CAACUAUACACCAUGGCCGACACCCACCCCAAGCCGACACUCGAGGGAGAGCCCGACAGCAAGCGGGCCAAGAUCGGCGGCGAGGACCAGACAUAUACGCUGGUCCUGCUGCGUCACGGCGAGUCCGAGUGGAACUUGGCGAACCGGUUCACCGGCUGGGUCGACGUCCCGCUCUCCGAGACUGGCGAGGCCGAGGCCCGUGCUGCGGGAGCCAUGCUUGUCGAUUCGGGCCUGACCUUUGACGUGGCAUACACUUCAGUGCUUCGACGGGCUAUCACCACGCUGUGGCGUUCGCUGGAGGCGCUGGACCUGUGCUGGAUUCCGGUUCACCACUCGUGGCGGCUCAACGAGCGGCACUAUGGCGCCCUACAGGGGCUCAACAAGAUCGAGACGGCCGAGAAGCACGGCGCCGACCAAGUUCACAUCUGGCGCCGGUCGUACGACGUUCCACCGCCGCCGCUUGCCGACGACUCGCCGAUGCUUCCCGCCAACGACCGCCGGUACGCCGACGUCGACCCGGCUGACCUGCCGCGCUCCGAGUGCCUCAAGGACACAGCCGAGCGGUUCCUCCCGUACUGGGAGAGCGACAUUGUUCCGGCCAUCAAGUCGGGCAAGCGCGUCCUCGUCGCCGCGCAUGGAAACUCGCUCCGCGCCCUGGUCAAGCACCUCGACGACAUCGCCGAGGAUGUCAUCCCGGGCGUCAACAUCCCCACCGGUGUCCCGCUCGUCUACAAGCUCGACGCCAACAUGCGCCCCAUUGCGCAGGAAGGCUCCGUCGGCCCGCUCAGCGGCGUCUACCUCGGCGACGCUGCCGCGGUCGCUGCCAAGGUGGAGGCGACCAAGAACCAGUCCAAGGCCAAGUGAGAACCAAGCGCUUGCUAAACCCUUUUACACGCCGUUGACACGACAUUUGCACCCCUGAGCUCCACUCGCUAGCUCACAACAACCAUUGACACAUCG